UAUUUGAUAAACAUGACUUAAAGUACUUAUUGCUUAAAGAUAUUUUGAAUUAUUUUUACAAGAAUUUUUAUUAUAUAUAUACGCUUUACAGAAUUGAUAAUGGGUAUCUUUUGUGAAAUAAAUCUAAAUACACCCGAGGGCGGAAAGUUUAUAUCAGGCAGUGUAUUGUCAGGAGAAAUAAAAUAUGCUGUAGAUAAAAAUACUGUUUUUAAAAAAAUCACCGUAUCACUUAAAGGUAUUGGUACUACAUCUAUUGAAUACAAUAAUUCAAAUAAAGACGAAAAGAAAUCGACGGAUCACUAUACCGAGAAAUAUGUUAAUAUAGAGCAAAUACUUUUAGAUAAAGCUAAGGAUGACGAUGGGACGACAUUGAAAAUUGGAUCGUACACAGCUGCGUUUCAGUUCAAUAUUCCUAAUAGAAUACCGCCUUCUGUGAAUAUUUAUAGAAGCGAUACGAAUCAUACUGUUAGAUAUAAAGUUAAUUAUUAUAUAACAAUAAAAUUCCAACGGCCAGGUUUGAUAAGUUUCCCAAAGCGUUACAAAAAGGACAUUCAGAUCGUUUCGAACAUAAUACCAACCUUGUCCCAAACACCAGUAACGCUCGGUGAAAAAAAGAAGUUAUUUCACAUAUUUUCACGGCGGGAUUCCGUUAUAAAUUUGAAAGCGACAAUAUUGAAUUCCGUCGUGAGAGCGGGCGGUAACGUGCAGUUCUUAUACGAGUUGGCGAAUCACAGUAACGUUAAAAUCAAGUAUGUGAAGAUGAAAAUAGUAGAAUAUAUUGAAUUCAAGAAAUCGAGGCGUUCCGUUUCGUUCUAUCGUGAUUUGGACGCGACGGAAACGAAAACGGGUAGUAUUCAAAGCGGAAACACGCAACAAAUGACGGUCGAAAUCAGUGUACCCGAUGAUGCAUUAACAAUUGACAGUUGUAAGCUUGCCGCACGAGAUUAUUAUGUUUAUAUAGUAGUAGCACUACCAUUGCCGCAUAUAAAUUUCUACCUCAGAAUGCCAAUACAAGUGAUGCUGAGUACUGAAAAUGUUCCGCCAGAAAAUCCACCUUCGUAUUGGGACGUUAUGUGCGAAGAUAAAGAUCAUGAAGACGAUUGAUUUAGAAAUAAACGAAAUGAAGCU